AUGAAGGGGGACUGGGUCCAGUCGGUCUUCUCGAGGCCUCCCCUGGUGGCCCAGUCGUCGGCGUUCCAGAUGCUGGAGAAGAGGUACAUGGGCUUGUCGCUGGGGAAGUAG